UCUCUCCACGAUGCUUUAGACGGAGUUCUGAAUUCACGCUCUGAUGUUCGAAUCCAGAGACUUCUCCGCAGCGGAAAAGCAACGACGAUGAGCGGUAGUUUUGGAGUCUCGUAUAAUAUGCCGGCUAUUGCACAGAGGGAGCGAGUCCCGUGUACCCACCGAAUCAAUAAGCUCCGCUCCACAUUUGCUUCAGGACGGACCAGAUGCGUGAGCAGUCGCGUGAAGCUCCUGCGCCGACUGUUACGACGUCUGCGAGAGAAACGAGAAGAUAUCAUCGAAACGAUCGACGGGGACCCGCGAAAAACUCAGAUAGGAACAGUAUUGGAUGAAAUCGAAGCCUUCCUGGAAGAACUGAACGACAAUGUAUCAGAUGUUCAAGAUUGGGUCAGACCAGAGCUCAUGAACGAUAGGCCCCUUAUGUUCUUCGAAACACCAUAUAUCCACAGUGAACCCCUAGGGCUUUGCCUUGUUUUCGACGCGUGGACAUACCCGGUAAGCCUGGCGGUUACCGCCGUGAUCAGCGCUCUGGUUGCCGGGAACGCAGUGGUUCUGGCUACGGAUUUCUCUUCGGAGACAGGAAAGGUCGCUCGGCGCCUUUUCAAACAUCUCGAUUCAGGGAUCUUCCUUAUGCUCAACAGAGUUGUCUCGAGCCCUGAGAGUAUUCUCGGAGUGAAUUACGAUCACAUAUUCUUCACUGGAUGCGAGAAGAUAACCAGUUGCAUCUCCGGAGCCGCUGAGGAGCAAGCGAUCCCAUUCAUCUUAGAGAAGGGCGGGGAAUCGCUCGCCUAUGUCGACCCGAGCGCCGAUUUCGGAAAAAUGCUCAUCAAAACGCAUGUUCAAGGUGUUAAUGGCGAGAAACCGGCACUCAUACUGUGUCCCGAGGAAGUCUAUGAUAAAUUCCUACAUUUUUCCGUCAAUACUUAUGUUGAGAGCUUCGGCCUCCCCUGUGUUCGAUUGAGUAGACCCUGGUAUAGGAGUCGGCUGACGAGUCUGAAUAAGAGUGUGACGAAGCUGGUCAACGGCUCAUUCGAAGGCGGGGCUCCAGGGUCUGAUCCCGAGAAAGCGCGGCGACGGGUCUGUAGGAUGAGACCGAUGCUCAAGGUGCAAGACCUCGCGGAGGCCAUCGCUUACAUCAAUAACCGCGGGAAACCUCUCAACACCUUCCUCUUCGCCAAAGAUACGAAAAUCAUUCAAACAUUCAUGAGCGGAACGACGGCGGACACUGGGUCGAGGAUAAUUGUUUGGGACUGA